CGGCUUCGUUCAACAAGGUGAUGGCGGACGACGCCGACGCGUGGGCCGCCGACCGGCGCCAGUGCCAGCGGUACGCAUUCUUCAGCUGCGCGGCCGGCGCCGUCGCCUUGGCCUCUACGUACGAGCGCUGCUUGAGCGCCCACUGCGGCAGCCUCGAGGCCAUCGUCGAGCUCGCGGCCAAGUCCAAGCCCAGCGUCCUUGCGCUCCUCAACGUGUACAUGCUGUGCCUCUACGCGGUCUUCCAUGCAGCCUCGCCGAUGGUCUUUGGCGGCGUUCGCCUCGCCGAAGUUGGCCGCGUCCGCGAGCACAUGCUCCAGUUCCUCGUCCUGCGCUGCAUCCUGCUCCUCAACACGCUCGGCAGCGUCGGUUUCCCGACAAUGCUUCGCCUCGUGGGCUGGAUGUCAAUGCUCACGCUACUACACGCAACGCUGACGCUCCUGCGUCUGCGACUGAGCUACGCGGGAUUGCCCGAUCACGCUGCCGGUACCAUCCUCGCCGUGGCCCUCGUGCUGCUUCUCGGACUCCUAGCAACGUCCUGGCUUGUGUUUUCUGCUGCGUCCUCGGUGUUGUGUCUGCUGACGUGCACCGAGGCGCUCUUAGCACUCGUCAAGUGGGCACACACGGUGCUGCUCGUGCUCGGCCCGCGCCUCGAGCGCGAUCUGCUGCUGCUCCAGGCGCAGUUUAUACUGGACGUGGCGCACCUUAUUGGCUUGCUCGCACAGUACAUGGGGGUCCUCUCCCUCGGCGGUUUUCGCGUUUCCUUUCUGGACUUUGUGCUCGUGAUGAACGUCAAGCGGACGCUGAGCAAAGCCCAAGGCCGACUGGCCGCGUACUACGACUACACGGCGAUCCUUGCAGAGCUCUCGACAGCGCUGCCCGACGUCGCCUGCAGCCGCACCGACGAGCAUGGCGAGGCCUUCGUCUGCGCCAUUUGUCUCGCUCCCUUGGGCGUGGCCAAGCAGCUCGAGUGCGGCCACUGCUUCCACCUCGGGUGCCUACGACAGUGCUUUCAGGAACAAAUGCGCCUCGAGAAGCCGUGGCAGUGUGCGCUGUGUCGCAAGCUCGUGUCCCGGGCCCACCCGACGCCGUGGCGGGCGCACCGAAGGCAUGACAUGGGCGACGAUGUCAUCACAUCCCUCUUUUCGUUUGGGAAUGAUGAUAAUGGCCCGCCCGGAGCGACGUAAAUUCCAUUGUAAUCUAUUGAAUAUAUAUAUACAUUGUGUACCCUU